AUGGACGAAGAGACACUCGAGCAAGUGCGUGAAGAACUGAUGCAGCAACUCAUGGGCCUUGCCCUGAACCAGGACUCGGACGCCGAAGACGAAAACAACAACAGCGACAACCAAAACAACGAUAGCGAAGAAGAAGUAGAAGAAGAAGAAGAAGUCGUCGAAGACCUGGACGACGAUGAGGAUAACAACAACUAUGAAGGAGAGGAAGAGUUUGAAUGGUACGACUGGCCUGACAAAUCGAAGCUGGCGGCUCUGGACAACCUCCCAGACGUUGUUGUUGGUGAGGAGAUGGUGGAUACUGGGGAGCAGAUCUCGUUGGAUUAUUUGAGGAACCCGGCGCUGGAUAGUGACCAAGAGGAUGAGGAAGAAAAGGUUGUGAAUGUUGUAGUUGAUGGAGGCGGAGAUGUUGGAGGUGAUGGUGAUGGUGCUGGUAAUGCUCCGGAUCAAGUACCAGCGCAAGGCGAGAACUUGGUUGAUGGGGAGGUGAAAAAGAAGAAGAAAAAGAAAAAGAACAAGAAGAGGAACAUGCCGAUGGCGGAUGACGACCUUGUUGGGGAGCCGGAACAGGACCAAGAGCUCGUGGAUGCCGAGGCUGCCAAGAUCUACAAACCGGCGAUGAGUGCAGACGAAAGGUUCAGGCUGGCGAUGGAGAACUUCCGCAAGGAACGCGUUUUCAACGCCAUAACCAGUCAGAUUCUCUCGACCUACUUCACAUUCGGAGGCGUGGACCCCAACCAGGUUGCUUUACUCCACGACUCCAACAAUGAUGUCGAAAUUGAAGUCGAUUUCAUCUAUGUUGUCUCGGCCUUCCUCUCCUCCUUCCUGAUCUCGUCCUCGGGCUGGUACGACGCCGAAUACUUUAUAACCGCACCCAAACUCGUGACCGGUUUCUUGCGCUACCUCCUUUUGAAGAGAGUCAUCCCCGAGUACGACGACGACCUCCGGAAGGCGAUUGAAAUCGCGCAACGGGCCAAGAUUGAGGCACCCAAGUGUCAUAAGUUCAAUAAGUCGUUUCCCGAUUCUUUCAACGAGACCUGUUCGAUCCUAUAUGCCCGCGACUUUGAGUAUGAUACUUUGCCAGAUGAUUCUCUGGAGCGGAUGGAGCAAGUUACGGGGAUCCGCGUUGCGACAGAGGUGGAGUUACGUGGGAAGGAGAUUCGGCGUAUGAGGGUUGUUGCUGUUGAGCCUAUGGAUCCUGAUUUGCCCAAAGAUAAAGCAGCAGAGUCGAAGGAUUCUGCUUUGCCCAAGGGUGAUGAUGUAGAGUCAACGGAUGAGAGCUUGGAUAGUGAGCAGCAAUCGAGCGUUGUCCCUUACUCCAGAGUUUCGUUGGCCAAGCUCCCCAUCGGAUGGAGUGGUGAUACUACGGCAACGACGCCAGCAACGACAACUGAUACUGAAGAAGAACGGGUCACGAUCUUUGUGGAGAGUGAGCUGGCCGGUUACCUUGAUAUCGGAACAGUGGUCUGGGGCACAUUCUUCACCCUUUCCAACGGCGUCGUCUUUGCUCGACCCCUUGGUGCUCAUCCUUCCUUUUUUGUGGAGCAAGAUGAAACUGUCAAUGAUGACUAG